AUGGUCGUUGUCUUCAGUCUACGUGGCCAUCGGUUGUGGCCGUUGUCUUCAGUCUCGGAACCCGUCAGCCCUGGUCGUUGUCCUCGGUCUCGGAAUCAGGACCCGUCCGUCUUGGCAUUUCUUUCUGAAACCGUCGGUCCAUAUCGUUGUCUUCGGUCUAGGAAGCCGUCAGGCCUGGCCCUUGACUUGUUAACUUGUUGUUGGGGCAAACAAAAUCUAUCUAUCUAUCUAUCUAUCUAUCUAUCUAUCUAUCUAUCUAUCCCAUUCUGUUCACAUCUAUCCAUCUAUCAAUUUCAUUCUGUUCACAUCAGUCAGUCUAUAUGUCUCUCUACCUCUAUCAAAAUAUCUAUCUAUCUAUCUAUCUAUUAUGGUUGGUGCAAAAAUAAUGACGUAAUAAUGUCGUUUUUGACGUUAAAAAAUACGUCUUUUGACAUUAUUACGUCAAUAUUUUUGCACCAACCUAAUAUCUAUCUAUCUAUCUAUCUAUUCUGUUCACAUCUAUCCAUCUAUCAAUAUAAUUCUGUUUACAUCUAUCUAGUUCAUUCUGCUCACAUCUGUCUAUCUAUAUGUCUCUCUACAUCUAUCUAUCUAUCUAUCUAUCUAUCUAUCUAUCUAUCUAUCUAUCUCAUUCUGUUCAUAUCUAUCUAUCUAUCUAUCUAUCUAUCUAUCUAUCUAUCUAUCUAUCUAUGGUAUACCCAAGCAUAUAUCUAA